CAAAAACAAACCCAGCAGCAGCCCUAUAAAUACACUCCAUCUGGCCUUCUCUUUCAACUUGACUCAAGUAAACCAAGGAAAAAGGUUUGAAGCUCUCAGUGACUGAGUCUCGACUCACUGUGUCCGUCCAACAAGUUCUAUCCAGAGACUGGUGGCGUUUGGGGUGACUGGCUAGUUCCUUUCCAUUUGAAUUGGGUUGUCAUGUGUCCUCCAGUGAAUUUCCCUCCUCCUGAUAUUGGCAUGUAUUGGAGUGAUCAGGAUGUCUUUAUGAAUUUAGAGCGUGGAUACCCAUUCCCAAACAACGUUCUUACAGAUGUAAAUCCUUACCAGUACAACCCUUCAAAAUUACCUGAUGGCAUUUGGUUCUAUAGAUGCUCUGAGGGAAAAAAAGAUAUGGAAGAUGGAUUCUGGAAAGCCAGAGGGGAGGCCUGUGAGAUAUUUACAAAUGCUAAUAUUUCUGGUUGGAGAACAACACUUGAAUUCUAUGAAGGCCAAGCCGGACGAAAAACUGAUUGGGUGAUGCAAGAGUACAAAAUAACUAGGAAGAGCCCGUGCAAAAGCAGCAAACCAAAGGAAUCUGGUUCAAUUUGCAGAGUUUUUUCUAGUGCCGGACAAAGUCCAAAACAUGAAGCACACCUUGAACAGGGUGUUACAGAUACUGCCGGUGCAAGCCACCUACAAUCGGUGCCAGCAGCUGUCCCACAGGCUGAUAACACCUCUGGAAAAGGUUCUGUAAGUGAAUCCCAGGUGAAGAACUGGGACAAUGAAAGAGGACCAUUCAAUGUGGCUGAGACAAUUCAGAAUUUUCUUGAAGAAAACCUGCAUGACAAGGAUUAUAUUUCAAGCGGCGACUACUUGUCAUUGGAUGAUUUUGUUGAUUCAGAAUGCUUUAAUUCAGACAAUUCAGGUCGUCUGUCCUUGUCAUCAGAUGAAUGCUUUGAUCCAGAGGCUGUUGUGCAACUCAUAGAUGGUAAUACUAACCAGGAUCUGCGGGGCAGGGAUGCAAAUUUAAAUUUCAGUGUCUCUGCAUCUGUCAAGCCAAAUGAGGUGGUUAUGCGUACAGCCACUUUAGGAUCUCUUGUUAGUGGCAAUGGGAACAAGUCCCGACCUGAAAGAACCCCAAGACCUGAUUCUUCUCUUCCUUGUUCAGCAAUUAAGGAAAAAAUCCCGAACAAAGGGGUUCCCAAGCAUGCUACCAAAAGCCAGAAGGCAGACCACAGGAGUGAAGGCAGACCAAGAUCUGAUUCUUCUCUUCCUCGUUCAGCUAUUAAGGAACAAAUCCCGGACAAAGGGGUUCCCAAGCAUGCUACCAAAAGCCAUAAGGCAGACCACAGGAGUGAAGGCACCUCAAAAUCUUGUAAUGUGGCAACAUCAUCCAGUGGCCACAAACCAGUCUCGGAAGGGAAAAAGAAGGCUGUUGUUGCCAAGAAGAAAAAGUCUAAGAGGAACUAUCUGUGCUUCCUGCCAUUCUAGAUCAUCUUUGUUUCACUCGUAGGUAUGUAAAUUAAAUAUAUUGGCAAGUACUUUUAUGCAGUUGAUGACUUCAGCUUAUCCUAGGAGAAUCAUGUUUUUCUUCAACUGAUUGAAGGAUGGAAGAUAGACAUAGGUAACCAUUAACUACUGAUGUCAAUGCAAGGAAGAAGAAGACACUUGGUGUAUUCAAGGAAAAGUAAAGGAGUGAAAGUUUGAUUGUAACGUUCUUAUUAGCUGAGCUCUGGUGAAAUAUAGUAGGAGAUGAUUUCAUAGAAAAGAAAGGGUAGGUAACUGUUGGCAUAUUCUUUGUAAUUGUAAAAUAGGAUGAUGACAUGGUUUGACCAUUUCCAUGUAAAGUUUCCUAUUCAUUGCCAACCACCUAAAAGUAGUAGUUUCAUAUUCAUUUGAAUGAUGAAUGUAAUAUCAUAUAUUGCUACUGAAAGGGAAAGGAAAGGAAAGGAAUGUAACAACUGAUUUUGUGUGUGCA